GCCAAGUUCAGCCGGGGUUGGUGGGGAGAGCCUGGGGAGGCCAUUGAUGCCAUGGAAGGUUCUAGAAGGUACCUUAAGAUCUGCAGUAACUGCUGUCUUGAAGUUUGUAUAUUGCUGGGGUAAGACAGACUGGUUAAAACUAAACAAGUAGAUUCAGAAGAUAAUAGUCCAUAGGGACCAUGCUCAAAAGGAAUGAAGCAGAAUGUGACUGGAGAGCCAGGGUGAUUCUAGACUGGCUGACAGGGAGAGCCUCAUGAAGGAGGAGGCCGAUGAGAGGCCUGAGCUGUGAGAAAGAGCCAAGUCAGAGGAGAUCCUGAGAGAGGGUGUUGAUGAGGAAGCUGCCAGUGCAAAGGCCCUGAGACCAGCACACACCCAGGGUGUGCAGACAGGGUGGCGUAGAAACGUGCCAUGCCUCACACUGACCCCACCUCUCAGUGGCCUGUCCCCCUCAGCCAUGAUGGCUCGCACUACUCGCCUCGGCUGGCAGCGGUUCCUGGCAAAGAAACUAUUUUUAGACAGGGCUCUUCUCUCUGUGGGCCCAGAACAUACCGUGUCUUUUUAAGAUGAUCAAUAUGGAAUGGCACUAUUUAUAGAGACCCCACGUCAACUCCUGAGACUUGGGACCCUCAGAUAGGGGAGACAGUCCAAGGCCAGGCUUUGUGGGCAGGCACCACUGCUGGCCCGACCCCAGGGACAUCUGAUAUAAAUUCUUUGAACCUUGUGUCACCUCCUCUGCUGGCCCGCGUUCCUCCAGAGUUACAGCUGUGGGCUAGGGUCAGCCACCAGACCUCACCGCCAGAGGGGAACUACCUAUCCGGGCCCUGGAAGCUUCCCCCCAGCAGUGAGGACAGCCUGUGCCCCAGAAGCAGGAUGAGAAGAUGGCAAACUUCCUCUUACCUCGGGGCACCAGCAGCUUCCGCAGGUUCACACGGGAGUCCCUGGCGGCCAUUGAGAAGCGCAUGGCAGAGAAACAAGCUCGAGGCUCGGCCACCUCACAGGAGAGUCGCGAGGGGCUGCCUGAAGAGGAGGCUCCCCGGCCCCAGCUGGACCUGCAAGCCUCCAAAAAGCUACCAGAUCUCUAUGGCAACCCACCCCGAGAGCUCAUCGGGGAGCCCCUGGAGGACCUGGACCCCUUCUACAGCACCCAAAAGACGUUCAUCGUGCUGAAUAAGGGCAAGACCAUCUUCCGGUUCAGUGCCACCAAUGCCUUGUACAUCCUCAGCCCCUUCCACCCUGUGCGCAGAGCAGCUGUGAAGAUCCUGGUUCAUUCGCUCUUUAGUAUGCUUAUCAUGUGCACCAUCCUGACCAACUGCGUGUUCAUGGCCCAGCAUGACCCUCCGCCCUGGACCAAGUAUGUUGAGUACACCUUCACUGCCAUUUACACCUUCGAAUCUCUGGUCAAGAUUCUGGCUCGAGGCUUCUGCCUGCAUGCAUUCACCUUCCUCCGGGACCCAUGGAACUGGCUAGACUUCAGUGUGAUCAUCAUGGCAUACACAACUGAAUUUGUGGACCUGGGCAAUGUCUCAGCCUUACGCACCUUCCGAGUCCUCCGGGCCCUGAAAACUAUAUCAGUGAUUUCAGGCCUGAAGACCAUCGUGGGGGCCCUGAUCCAGUCUGUGAAGAAGCUGGCUGACGUGAUGGUCCUCACUGUCUUCUGCCUCAGUGUCUUUGCGCUCAUCGGCCUGCAGCUCUUCAUGGGUAACCUGAGGCACAAAUGCGUGCGCAACUUCACAGCGCUCAAUGACACCAAUGGCUCCGUGGAGGCUGAGGGCCUGGUCUGGAAGUCACUGGACCUCUACCUCAGAGACCCAGUUAAUUACCUGCUCAAGAACGGCACCUCUGACGUGCUGCUGUGCGGGAACAGCUCGGAUGCCGGGACGUGUCCUGAGGGCUACCGGUGCCUAAAGGCGGGCGACAACCCUGACCACGGCUACACCAGCUUCGAUUCCUUUGCCUGGGCCUUCCUGGCGCUCUUCCGCCUGAUGACACAGGACUGCUGGGAGCGCCUCUACCAGCAGACUCUGAGGUCCGCAGGGAAGAUCUACAUGAUAUUUUUCAUGCUCGUCAUUUUCCUGGGCUCCUUCUACCUGGUCAACCUGAUCCUGGCUGUGGUCGCCAUGGCCUAUGAGGAACAAAACCAAGCCACAAUUGCAGAGACUGAGGAGAAGGAGAAGCGCUUCCAGGAAGCUAUGGAGAUGCUCAAGAAAGAGCAUGAGGCCCUCACCAUCAGGGGUGUGGAUACGGUGUCCCGCAGCUCCCUGGAGAUGUCCCCUCUGGCCCCAGUAACCAACCACGAGAGAAGGAGCAAGAGGAGAAAACGAAUGUCUUCAGGAACAGAGGAGUGUGGAGAUGAACGGUUUCCCAAGUCCGACUCGGAAGAUGGUCCCAGGGCAAUGAAUCACCGCAGCCUCAGCAGGACUUCGGUGAAGCCACGCUCCAGCCGGGGGAGCAUUUUUACCUUUCGCCGUCGAGACCUGGGCUCAGAGACUGACUUUGCAGAUGAUGAGAACAGCACAGCAGGGGACAGUGAGAGCCACCGCACAUCACUACUGGUGCCCUGGCCCCUGCACCGGCCUAGUGCCCAAGGACAGCCCAGUCCUGUGGCCUCCGCUCCUAGCCAUGUCUUCAACAGCAAAAGAAACAGCACUGUGGACUGCAACGGGGUAGUCUCCUUGCUGGGGGCCGGCGACACUGAGGCCAUGUCCCCAGGGAGCCGCCUCCUCCGCCCCAUGAUGUUGGAGCGCCCCCCAGACACGACCACGCCUUCGGAGGAGCCAGGUGGGCCCCAGAUGCUGACCCCCCAGGCUCCAUGUGCAGAUGGCUUUGAGGAGCCGGGAGCACGGCAGCGGGCACUCAGCGCCGUCAGUGUCCUCACCAGCGUGCUGGAAGAGCUGGAGGAGUCUCACCGCAAGUGUCCCCCUUGCUGGAUCCGCUUUGCCAAGCGCUACCUGAUCUGGGAGUGCUGCCCACUGUGGAUAUCCAUCAAGCAGAAAGUGAAGUUUGUGGUCAUGGACCCAUUCGCCGAUCUCACCAUCACCAUGUGCAUUGUGCUCAACACGCUCUUCAUGGCGCUGGAGCAUUACAACAUGACAACCGAGUUCGAGGAAAUGCUGCAGGUUGGAAACUUGGUCUUCACCGGGAUCUUCACAGCAGAGAUGACCUUCAAGAUCAUUGCCCUGGACCCCUACUACUACUUCCAGCAGGGCUGGAACAUCUUCGACAGCAUCAUCGUCAUUCUUAGUCUCAUGGAGCUGGGCCUGUCCCGCAUGGGCAACCUGUCGGUGCUGCGUUCCUUCCGCCUGCUGCGGGUCUUCAAACUGGCCAAGUCCUGGCCCACCCUGAACACACUCAUCAAGAUCAUCGGGAAUUCCGUGGGUGCGCUGGGGAACCUGACACUGGUGCUGGCCAUCAUCGUGUUCAUCUUUGCCGUCGUGGGCAUGCAGCUCUUUGGCAAGAACUACUCAGAGCUGAGGCACCGCAUCAGUGACUCAGACCUGCUGCCCCGCUGGCACAUGAUGGACUUCUUCCACGCCUUCCUCAUCAUCUUCCGCAUCCUCUGUGGCGAGUGGAUCGAAACCAUGUGGGACUGCAUGGAGGUGUCGGGGCAGUCCUUGUGCCUGCUGGUCUUCUUACUUGUCAUGGUCAUUGGCAACCUUGUGGUCCUGAACCUCUUCCUGGCCUUGCUGCUCAGCUCCUUCAGUGCCGACAACCUCACGGCUCCAGAUGAGGAUGGGGAGAUGAAUAACCUGCAGCUGGCCCUGGCCCGCAUCCAGCGGGGCCUGCACUUCCUCAAGCGGACUACCUGGGACUUCUGCUGCGGGCUCCUGCAGCAGCGGCCUAAGAAGCCUGCAGCCCCCACAGCCCACAGCCAGCUGCCCAGCUGCAUGACCAGCCCCAGGUCCCCACCACCAGCGGAGGUGGAGAAGGCACCCCCUGCCCGCAAGGAAACACGGUUUGAGGAGAGCAAGCACCCUGGCCAAGGCACCCCCGGGGAGCCAGAGCCCGUGUGUGUGCCCAUCGCUGUGGCUGAGUCGGACACAGAUGACCAGGAGGAGGAGGAUGAGAACAGCCUGGGCACUGAGGAGGAAUCCAGCAAGCAGCAGGAAUCCCAGCCUGUCUCUGAUGGCCCAGAGCACCCCCAGGAGCCCAGGGCCCGGAGCCAGGGGUCAGAGACCACCACCUCUGAGGCUGAGACUGGGGUGUCUCAGGCAAACUGGCGGCAACAGCGGAAAGCGGAGCCCCAGGCCCCAGGGUCCAGUGAGACCCACGAGGACAGUUACUCUGAAGGGAGCACAGCAGACAUGACCAACACCGCAGACCUCCUGGAGCAGAUCCCUGACCUGGGCGAGGACGUCAAGGAUCCAGAGGACUGCUUCACUGAAGGCUGUGUCCAGCGCUGUCCCUGCUGUGCAGUAGACACCACCCAGGCCCCAGGGAAGGUCUGGUGGCGACUGCGAAAGACCUGCUAUCGCAUUGUGGAGCACAGCUGGUUUGAGACAUUCAUCAUCUUCAUGAUCCUGCUCAGCAGCGGAGCACUGGCCUUUGAGGACAUCUACCUGGAGGAGCGCAAAACCAUCAAGGUGCUGCUGGAGUACGCCGACAAGAUGUUCACCUACGUCUUCGUGCUCGAGAUGCUGCUCAAGUGGGUGGCCUACGGCUUCAAGAAGUACUUCACCAACGCCUGGUGCUGGCUGGACUUCCUCAUCGUGGAUGUCUCACUGGUCAGCCUGGUGGCCAACACCCUGGGCUUUGCUGAGAUGGGCCCCAUCAAGUCACUGCGGACACUGCGUGCCCUCCGCCCCCUGAGAGCCCUGUCACGAUUUGAGGGCAUGAGGGUGGUGGUCAAUGCCCUGGUGGGCGCCAUCCCCUCCAUCAUGAACGUCCUGCUCGUCUGCCUCAUCUUCUGGCUCAUCUUCAGCAUCAUGGGCGUGAACCUCUUUGCGGGGAAGUUUGGGAGGUGCAUCAACCAGACUGAGGGAGACCUGCCUCUCAACUACACCAUUGUGAACAACAAAAGCGAGUGCAAGUCCUUCAAUAUGACUGGCGAGUUGUACUGGACCAAGGUGAAGGUCAACUUUGACAAUGUGGGGGCUGGGUACCUGGCCCUCCUGCAGGUGGCAACAUUUAAAGGAUGGAUGGACAUCAUGUAUGCAGCCGUGGACUCCAGAGGGUAUGAAGAGCAGCCCCAGUGGGAGUACAACCUCUACAUGUAUAUCUACUUUGUCGUUUUCAUCAUCUUCGGGUCCUUCUUCACCCUGAACCUUUUCAUUGGUGUCAUCAUUGACAACUUCAACCAACAGAAGAAAAAGAUACGGGGCCAGGACAUCUUCAUGACAGAGGAGCAGAAGAAAUACUACAAUGCCAUGAAGAAGCUGGGCUCCAAGAAACCCCAGAAGCCCAUCCCACGGCCUGUGAACAAGUACCAGGGCUUCUUAUUUGACAUUGUGACCAAACAGGCCUUCGAUGUCACCAUUAUGUUUCUCAUCUGCUUGAACAUGGUGACCAUGAUGGUGGAGACGGAUGACCAAAGCCCUGAGAAAGUGAACAUCUUGGCCAAGAUCAACCUGCUUUUCGUGGCCAUCUUCACGGGCGAAUGCAUUGUCAAGAUGACUGCCCUGCGUCACUACUACUUCACCAACAGCUGGAAUAUCUUCGACUUUGUGGUUGUCAUCCUCUCCAUUGUGGGCACGGUGCUUUCUGACAUCAUCCAGAAGUACUUCUUCUCCCCGACCCUGUUCCGAGUCAUCCGCCUGGCCCGAAUUGGCCGCAUCCUCAGGCUGAUCCGCGGGGCCAAGGGGAUCCGCACGCUGCUCUUUGCCCUCAUGAUGUCCCUACCCGCCCUCUUCAACAUCGGGCUGCUGCUCUUCCUUGUCAUGUUCAUCUACUCCAUCUUCGGCAUGGCCAACUUUGCUUAUGUCAAGUGGGAGGCUGGCAUCGAUGACAUGUUCAACUUCCAGACCUUCGCCAACAGCAUGCUGUGCCUCUUCCAGAUCACCACAUCGGCCGGCUGGGAUGGCCUCCUCAGCCCCAUCCUCAACACGGGGCCCCCCUACUGUGACCCCAAUUUGCCCAACAACAAUGGCUCCCGGGGCAACUGUGGGAGCCCAGCCGUGGGCAUCCUCUUCUUCACCACUUACAUCAUCAUCUCCUUCCUCAUCGUGGUCAACAUGUACAUCGCCAUCAUCCUGGAGAACUUCAGCGUGGCCACAGAGGAGAGCACUGAGCCUCUGAGCGAGGACGACUUUGACAUGUUCUAUGAGAUCUGGGAGAAGUUCGACCCAGAGGCCACCCAGUUUAUUGAGUACUCGGCCCUGUCCGACUUUGCUGACGCCCUGUCUGAACCGCUGCGCAUCGCCAAGCCCAACCAGAUCAGCCUCAUCAACAUGGACCUGCCCAUGGUGAGCGGGGAUCGCAUCCACUGCAUGGACAUCCUCUUCGCCUUCACCAAGAGGGUCCUGGGGGAGUCUGGGGAGAUGGAUGCCCUAAAGAUCCAGAUGGAGGAGAAGUUCAUGGCGGCCAACCCAUCCAAGAUCUCCUACGAGCCCAUCACCACCACUCUCCGGCGCAAGCACGAAGAGGUAUCGGCCACAGUCAUCCAGCGAGCCUUCCGGAGGCACCUGCUGCAGCGCUCCAUGAAACACGCUUCCUUCCUCUUCCGCCAGCAGGCGGGCAGCGGUGGCCUCUCAGAGGAGGACGCCCCCGAGCGAGAGGGCCUUAUCGCCUACAUGAUGAAUGAGAACUUCUCACGGCAUGACAGGCCAGCCUCCAGCUCCUCCAUUUCUUCCACGUCCUUCCCACCCUCCUAUGACAGCGUCACCAGGGCCACUAGUGACAACCUCCAGGUGCGGGUGUCUGACUACAGCCACAGUGAGGAUCUUGCAGACUUCCCCGCAUCCCCAGAGAGGGACCGAGAGUCAAUAGUGUGACCCAGCACCCCCAGCUGGGAUGCACACUCUUGUGGCAAACCUGAAUGCAGUCAAAACCAGCAUGCUGGGGCCUUUCUGGCCUUGGGCUACAGGGGUGAGAUGGGCUCGGCCUGCGGCUCCACACAGCAGAGCUCUGUGGUGUCAUCAGCCAGAAGCCACGGAGGAGCCCACUAUUCUGGAGGCCGUCCCUGGAGCCCUGCACAUACCAGGAGUCUGGCCUACCCAGGCAGCAUCCGGGCUCUGCGAAGCACUCACCGUCACAGCUGUUGAGGUGAAACAUAAAAUAUACUGUACGUGUUGUGAACAGGCUUUCGUAAAUUUAUUAUAUUUGAUAUUUUUUUACUUGAGCAAAGGACUAAUGUCUUUUCCAUGGAUAUCAGCAGCCAUUCAUGCUGCGUCUUCUUAACCCCAACAGGAGCGCCUAGGGAGCUGGCAGGCUCGGUCUGAAAAGCGAAAAAAGGGAAUGCAGUGUCGCUCCCACAGGCCUUCCCUGCCGGAGGAGGGACAGAUGCGUCCUCUGCUGCUUGGGCUGAGGGGCACACUCCCCACUUACGAGGCCAGGCCUAGGCCACAGAGGGCGGUGUCAGGCAGCCACCUUAGGGUUCCAUCAGUGGGCCUCACUCUGGCCUUCCCUUGUUCCCGGCUCCCAUUUUCCCGUGUCCUUAUGCAGGCCAUACUGGUCAGUUCCACAAAAAUAAAAGGCUUCCAGAAGACUGGCCUGGGCUCCAGGGCUGGCCUUGGGCAUGAAUGCUACUCCUGCUUCCCUCCUAUCAGAGUAUUAACUCUACACCUCAUGGGAACAAGGGCGCCAGCCCCACUCACAGCUGGUCUGACAGCUUGUGCUUGCCUGCAGAACCCAACAGGCCAGGAACAGAAGGCCGAGUCCUGCGGUUUGAGCUCAGUUUACCCCGCACAACUGUGGUGGGCUACAGGCCGGUGUGAAAAAAGGAAGCUGCUGCAGCUGCUAGCCUCUCCCGGCACCGUGUGCCUCUGGCGAAGAGCAGGGGGACCCUCAUUGGGCCCCAGCUUCUCUCCAGAUCUGCUAGCCUCUCCCGGCACCGUGUGCCUCUGGCCGAGAGCAGGGGGACCCUCAUUGGGCCCCAGCUUCUCUCCAGAUGCAGCGUCAUGAAUUAGGGGGGUAGCGUGGCCCUGCACAGGAAACAGCUCCCAGGAUGGCCAGGCCUGGCUCUCAUCCCUGGGAGGGGACACCACUUUGAUCUCCUCUGGAGACCAGAGUCAGUGUACCAUGUGUAGGACUUCCUUGGGACAGGGAUUGGGGAGUCCCAUAGGUCCUGUAAGAAGGCUUUUCAGGGAAAAAUACCUUACUAGUCCAGUUACCCCCAGGACCUCUGUAGCUGCUGACAAUCCUAUUUAGCAUAUGCAAAUCUUUUAAAGUGAAGCACUGUCACAGGAAGUGACAGGGUUGCUGGUGGAGCCUGAGCAGGCAGGAGUCCCAUUGCCCAGUCAGCUUCCCAGCAGAGCUGCCCUCUGAAGGGUCCACCUCACAGGCCAGCUUGAUCUCACCUGCCCGCACUAGGCUGGCUGCUCCUCACCUACCUCGCCGUGCUGUCGGAGGGCUGGAGUUACGAUGCUCGUGGCAGUGCUGAAGGGUGCAUUGCCGGCGAGUAAAGUAUUAUUUUUCUUCUUGUCACCAGUUCCCCAAGUGACAACCCCAGCCCCACCCGCCCACUCCUGGAGACCCCUCCCAUGUUCCCUUCGAGUCCAGCGUGGGACUUGGUUUUAACUGUCCUUGUGAUGCUUUUCCAAGUGGAAAUCUUAUUUUUGUAGACCUGUGCUUUGCUCUCAAGGCUUGGAGAAGUGUGUCCCACCAUGCCCUAGCCCAGCAGGAACGCAGCUGAGCUGCCUCCCUGCCGGCUGGAAGGACACUGGCUUGUGUGUGGACAGUCCAGGAGCCUUGAGACAGGUGCUGGGGCUGGCUGUGGGUGGCAGCCAAGAGCAGGGAUGAGCUGGCUCCUUAGGUCAGGGUGGCACUCUUUUUUUUCUCCAGAACUGCACCAUGUACAGCAGGAGGGGAAAGAGGGAGGGAGCGGGAAGGGCCACGCCUCAAGUGCCAGAUGCUAUCGAACUAAUUGAGCACUUCUCACCAAACUUCAUGUGUAAAUAAAAUGCAUAUUUUUAAAACAAACCAAUAAAUUACUUACUUGACCUGA